UUUACUAUAAAUGUGAAUUUUUCCUAGUAAUCAAGUGUUAAUCCUAAUUGAAGUAGUAGUAAAAAAAAUAGGCAGACGAUCAGAAUGUUGAUGUUAAAUGGAUGGUUUUAACCUCUGAGUCUCAUUCUGUCCAGUUUAAGAAGCGCAGUAGAAGUUUCUAUAAAUUUGUUGGUGGAGUUUAAAUGAGACUUGGGGAAUCCAAACAGGCAAGUUGAAACAGAGCAAAGUUUCCUCCCAGCACAUUCCUAGCAGGCUUCAGAGUCACCCAGGAACUAAAGGUUGCAGGAUUCAGAAGGAACAGAGAAACUCCUCUGCUGUGACUCUGUGUGUGUUUGGUACAUACCUGACACAGAUGGGAUCUGACUCAUGUUUACCUUGGUUUCACACAUGGGAGGGCUGAAACCGCCUCUGCAGACCUGUUCAGAAAUGGAAACCAGUGUGGGUGUCUCUGUUCCCGCCCAGCAGCAACGGAGUGGGUCGACUAGAGAUCAGGGACAUGGGAGGAGGCGGCGAUUAUCCUGGGUUCCGCAGACACCAGCAGUUUCAUGGAGACAAGAGGACUAAGGUGGUCCUACUGUCAGAGCUGAUCACUGUCCUCAGGUUGCCCCCCAAUGCUGAGGCCUGCCCCAUGGAGAACAUGUCAGCGUUUUGUGUGGAGACCCAAGACAGAACACUGGUGUUCGCUACCCUCAAAGACGACUGUGCGGAGUGGGUGGACAAGCUGUGUCAGAGCACCUUCCAGAGAGAAAAAACUUCAGGGACCAGUCAAGUCCACAUGGAGGAAAACCAGAUUUAUGCCUCUGCACAUGAAGCCCCUCAGUUCUGGGUUGGGCUACAGAAAAGUGAUGCAGCAAUGCGAUGUGGUCUGCAAGGCUCCUACUGGCUGCAGGUGGAAGAGCAGUCGCUACUACUGAGAAGUACGAAAGAGAAGGAGGUUGUUAUGGAGUGGCCGUAUGAACUACUGCGGCGAUAUGGAAAUGAUAAGGUGACCUUCACCAUCGAAGCAGGGCGCCGCUGUGAAUCCGGGCCUGGAACUUUCAUAUUCAAGACCCAGCAGGCUGACAACAUCUUCUCCUUGAUUAAGAGUAACAUCAAACGGAAAACUGCAACUUCUACUUCUGGACACCAAAUCCAAGACGUUGAGCAGGAUGCUGUUACCAACAUUCAAGCAUGUUCCCCUCUUCCCAAAAUCCCUGACCUAACCAACAUGGCGGCCAUCAUGGAAAACAAACUCAGAGUGCAGGACAGGAAAUCUCCCGUGUUUGAUGACAUCCCAAAGAGUCGAGACGAUUCAGUCUGUCCGGCAGAAGGUCUUCCUGCUCCGAUCACCUUGAUGCCUCUCCCAUCGGUUCCUACACACAACGAUACCAGCGGACAUAAACCCGACAGCCAAUCAGACGCUAUAUAUGCUGAUCCGAAAGACUGCAUCCCAUCUAUUAUAGUACCCAUACAAACCAGAGCUCACUACAUCGACCCGGCGAGUGUACUUCCUCUGAAACCACCAUUUGCAAAAGAACCUGUCGACACCGUUCCUACCACAUUAGAAUCAGAUCCAAAACCUAAUACAGAUUUGCUGGAUUCAGUUUACUCAGAGGUUUACGAUAAACUCAGUCCAGACAAAAACAAACAACCCACUCUACAGAAUCCAGCAAAAACAUCAGACGAACCCAUUUACUCCCAGCCGGAUAGCACAACUCCAUCAGAGGGCCAAGACACUGAACCCAAUCCUGACCAGUUUGCACAUCUUUACGCUCAGGUUUGCAAAGCAGCGACUUUAAGCAAAAACUCGGAGUCUGUCACCACAUCAGCUUCUUCCUCAUCCACCAUGAGUUCAACCAAGUUCAGAGAGGAUCCUCUGGAUGAUGUCAUCUAUGAAAACCUGGGCAUCAUUUAAAUCAGCUCCUUACUGGAACCAAUAAGACUUUCUUUACUUUUUUAGAUUUUUCUUACUUUAAUUCGUUCCUUUGUGAAAAGUAUUUGAAAUAUUUUUAUUCUGUUGUUUAAACUGUGAUAUGAAUAUAAAUCAGGAUACAACCUGGAUAAUUAUGAUAAUUUUACAACAUUAAACAUUUGCAUUUUUACAACA